CCGCGGCCCCGUAAGGGCCCCCAGAGGCUGCAAACAGCGAACGAAAAUCCGGUCGUGGUUUGUGCUCAUGUCUCGAGAGGGUCUGGGUAUUCUUGUCCCCUCAGGCGUUGUGCGCGGGCGCGGUCGCGCCCCCGCUCGUCCACGCCCGGGCGGCCCUGGGCGGUUCGCAGGCCGCCCCGACGCGCCGGGACGGGCGCCUGCGGUGGCGGUCUCUGCGGGGAAGCCUCGUGGCGCUGCUGAAGUUGUGGGGGUCCAUCGCGCUGGGCAUAAAGAUUUUCCGCGGCGACGCCGUCGGCCGGCUCACGGAGGCGGUGUCCCACAGCCAGGCUCUGGAGGUGUGCGCGUUCUCCUCGCUGGCGCUGGUGCCGUUCCUCAUGGCGCGCUUCCGGCUCGUGGUCGACGGCGUCGAGGAGAUCCUGGAGCAGUUGAGCGUCAUGCUGAGGAAGCUUCGCGGCGAGUAUUCGGUGGCCGCCUACAUUACAGCGCAGGCACGGAAGCUGGUCGAGACGGUCACGCAGAGUUUCCUGCUGUUCUUUGCAUUCAACUUGUUCGUGAACGCUAUCCCGGACUCUUUCGAGAUGGAGGUCCCGAAGCUGUUCCGUUUUCUUGAUGCUAAUGGCGACGGGACGUUGGAAGCGAGUGAGAUAGAGGAGGGCAUGUACAAGGUCACAUCUAGAAUAUUGAAUGCGGUCUUUCAGACAGCGAUCAUACAGUAUUUGUUGCGAGUAAAGACCUGCCCAGCAGGCUGGGUGUCCUUCUCGAAGACUGUUGACAAAGAGAGCAACCUGCUGCAGAUGUACUGGUCUGCGGUGUCGGAAAGGAGCGGUUGGCUCAAAAUUAUAGAUGUUGUGGUGACUGCGGCUUGUUACGUUCUGAUAUUCUACUGCUGGUGCGUCGCUCUGGGCAUCGACCUGAGGACCGUGACCGCAGCAGGGGGUGUCAGCGGUAUCGCCAUCGGCCUUGCAGCGCAGCAGGUGGUGGGCAACGCCGUGGCAGCGCUGAUCAUGCUGGCCUCGUCGCCGUGCGUCGUCGGAGACAAGGUGGAGGUGGGACCCGACGAGCUGCGCUACACGGGCACGGUGAAAAAGAUUGGGUGGAACGCCACCUGCAUUCGCCUUGAUUCCGGGCGCGAAGUGUUCGUCCCCAACGCCACGAUGCUCAAUGCCCCGCUGGUCGUGCUGGAGAAUGCGGACACGGGCCAGGCCAGCGCGCUCGGAAGCCCCGCCGCCAGCCGCAACUGCAGGGUCACCGUCGUGAGCUGCAGCAAUCUCCCGGCGACGGACCUCGGGGGCGCCUCGGACCCCUACGUGGUGGUCGUGGCGUCUGGGACCCACAGGCGCCUGGAGGCGAGCCGCCAGCAGACGUCCGUGCAGAGUGGGACCGUAUCGCCGCGUUGGGAGGAGACCUUCGCCAUCCCCGACGUGCUCGAGUCCGAGACGCUGUCCUUCGUGGUGUACGAUGCGGACGUCAUCGGCAGUGACGACUUUCUGGGCAUGUGCGAGCUGGACGGCUCCAGCUUCUUCCCAGAUGGCUUCUCUGGCGACUUGGUCCUUUCCGGAGGCGCGGCGGACGAUUUCGACGGCAAGGUGCUCCUGCGAGUGAGGGUCACUUUGGAGGAGCCCGCAAUCCAGAGUUUUCCCGAGGAGGCUCCCACGGCGGAGUAGUGGCCUCGAGGUUGGCCUGGUCCCCUGUGGGGGCGCGGCGGAGAAUGUCUUCGGCAGGGCGUUCCUGCGAGUGAUGGUCACCUUGGAGGGCCCCGACCGAGCAGGCCGCAGCGACAUCGCUGCCGAUCGGGCCCCCCCGGUUUCACCACUCAUUCAGCUAUACCAGUCCUCUACGACGAACGGUGUUGCGCUCCGUCUGGGGGGCGGAGCUCUGCUUUGUGUAGUGGAGUUCGCAUGUGUUCUGCUGGCAGCCGCAGGCGCACCCGCGCUAUUGAGCAUGCGCUGUGCUCAACAGCAGCAGGACGUCGGGGCGGGCAGCCAGCACCAGAUGUGGCCCCAUUUUUCGCAGCAGGAGUCUCAGUACUUACGCUGCAAAAACAAGCCAAUCACGGAGUGGGUCACACGGGUAGCCGUUUUGCGAGACAUCCGCAAGUCAGGUCAACACCUCUUCCUCUGCCCGCCUCUGCUUGGCAAGACACCGAAGACGCUCACAGGGGCCAGCAUCUGUUCGGCCGUAUUUGAUUCAGUUGACUCCCUUAUAUGCCCGAUCGUUGCAUUGAUUUGUCUCCUGUGUACUCUUUUAAGGUCCCCCCGUGGUUCACGCGAUUCGUCUUUGCGUUGGGCGCCCCGUGUGUCCCGAUUCUCGUCCGCAGUCGGCGCCCGCCUGACGGCCAUCGCGCAGCAGCUGGGGACCCUCAGCGGGGCGCUCAGCAGCUCUCUGCUUCGAUGCGAAGCGGGUACAGGCGCGCACGCGUGCGCCCAGUGCGAGGGGGCGGAGGAGGA